AUGCGGCUCCCGGCGCCUCCCGGCAGCUCCCGGCGCGGCGCCCGGUGCGGCGCACGGGCGGUCGGUGCGGUUCCCGGUUCCCGGUGCUGUUCCCGGUUCCCGGUGCGGCUCCUGGCGCGGCUCCCGGUGCCAUCGGCGGCGCGGCGCUGCCCGGGGCGGCUCCCGGGGCGGUUCCCGGUUCCCGGGGCGGUUCCCGGUGCAGCUCCCGGCGGUUCCCGGUGCCACCCCCGGCGGGGCAUCCUCCCGGUGCGCCCUCGGGAGAGCACGGCCGAGACCCGCCGCCGGCCCGGGCCCGAGCGGCCCCGGGCCCCGCGGGCCGGCAGCAUGCCCCGCGGGCGAGCCUGGACGCAGGCGGAGGUCAGCAGCCUCCUGUCGCUGGUGGGGGGCUCGGGGGAGGCCGCGCUGCUCAUGGCCUCCACGUCGCGACCCAACGAGGCGCUCUGGCGGGAGAUCUCCCGGGGUCUGGCGGCGGCCGGCUACGGGCGCAGCGUGGCCCAGUGCCGCUCCAAGUGGAAGGCGCUCAAGCAGGCUUUCCACUCGGAGCGGGAGACGCGCCGGAGGGCAGGACACCACUCGCCCCGGCUGCCGCCGCAUUAUCGAGCCAUGAAGAGCAUCUGGAAGGCGGCCGGGCGGCCCGUCUUCGGCGAACGGAGGAUGCCAGACGUGGUGAAGCUGCCCUCCAGAAAGCGCAGGUCAACCCUUGCCACACGCUCUCCAUCCUCAUCAGAGGCACCAGAGCAGGACGUUGGUGGGGACACCCCCAGCACACUGCUGUCUCCGAUGCUGCAGCGUGCGAAGGACGAGCCAGACACUCCAGCUGGUGGGGACCACAUUACAGGAGUGCAACCCACACCCCCUGCCAUGCCACACGCCGGUUGCUGCUUCCCUCCCCUCUCCCUCCUGGGCUGUCACACUGACCCGAAGCAGGAAGGAUUUGAGGGGAAGGCCGGUUCCAUGACAGGUUUUCCUGGUGAGACGUCCCUGGGGAUGGGAAGAGGAAACCGAAUGCUGCCCCUGGCUGUUGCAGCCACAGGCUCCCAUGGGACAGCAGCCACGAGUGAGCAGCCAGCAACAGUUGAAGAUGCAUCAGACACAAGCCUGCAUGGGUCUGGCGUGGCAGGCUUGCUCCAGAACGUCCAGCAACUGCUGGUGCAGAUCCUGCAGACAUCACGGCGGCAGCAGGCACUACUGGAGAGCCUGGCCAGCGAUACAGUCUCCCACCUCCACCUCCUUUCCCACAGCCUCGUGCAGGUGGGCGAGACCCUGCACCAACUCCUGCUCCGGCCACAGACCCAUCCUGGCCCCAUUGGCCACUACAUCCCCCAUAUGCCCCUUUUUGAGGGUGGCUCCGGAGUGCCCUGCUCCCCUGGUGCUCCCCACACUUCCCUGGAUCACAAAGAGGAGCCUCAGCUGUCCCCCGAUGCCAGGUGCAUCACCCCAUGAGUGCCACCGUCACUGGCUACAGGAGCAACAGCUUUGCUACACAGCCACAGCACAGAUCUUUAUAUCAGAGGUUCCAGAUAUUUUCAAAGUUUAUACUAGAGAGACAUUUUAAUAAAAUUAAAAAUAGC